GUCUCUUGGGCCAGCUCUCUGUCUGCAGCCUGGUCCUUUCCCUCCAUGAGACAGAGAUGGGAGCUCUGUACAGGAUACAGGGACCUGCUGCUGCUGCCCUCACUGUGGGGCUGAUUCUCACUUUCUGCAUUCAGAGCACAGACUGUCAGGGUUGCUCAGCUGGGUAUUUUCGAUGUUCAAAUGGCCGUUGUAUCCCAGAAAGCUGGAAAUGUGAUGGGACUGCAGAUUGCACAGAUAACUCAGAUGAAGUUGGCUGUCCUUGUAAAGAGUUUACGUGCCCUGAUGGAGAAUGUAUUGAUCAUUCCUGGGUUUGUGAUGAUGAUGAAGACUGUAGUGAUGGUGCAGAUGAACAUAGCUGCCCUGGAAGAACGUGCUCAUCUCAGCAAUUCACGUGUUCCAGUGGGCAGUGUAUCCCUGGGGCAUACAGGUGUGAUCGCAUGAAGGAUUGCACAGACGGAGCUGAUGAGAGAAGCUGCCAAUAUCCUGUUUGUGAUCAGCUCUCGUGUGCUAAUGGUGCCUGUUAUAACACAAGUCAGAGGUGUGAUGGAAUUGUAAAUUGCCGGGAUGCAUCAGAUGAAUCCAACUGCACACAAAGAUGUCUAAGUAGCCAGUUCCAGUGUCCAAAUAGUGACUGUAUUCCACGAGACUUUGUCUGUGAUCAUGACGAUGACUGUGGGGACGGAAGCGAUGAAAAGAAUUGCAAUUAUCCAACUUGCCCAGGAGAUUACUUUACUUGUGCCAGUGGUCGUUGCAUACAUCAGAGCUGGCUUUGUGAUGGAGAUGAUGAUUGUGAUGACAAUGGAGAUGAAAUGGGAUGUGACAGUAGUGUUAGAGAAUGUUCCCCUGGUGAAUGGGCCUGUCCGUCUUCUACACACUGUAUUCCAAUAGAUAAGGUUUGUGAUGGAACUGCUAAUUGUCCUUUUGGAGAAGACGAAACAAAUACGACAACAGCAAAAAACUGCAGUACAAACAACUGUGCGGCAUUGAGUUGCCCAUAUCGCUGCCAUUCCUCUCCCUCUGGGGGCUUCUGUUACUGCCCUGCAGGAUACACAAUCAGCAGUAAUGACAGUCGAACGUGUAUUGAUUUUGAUGACUGUAAAAUUUGGGGAGUGUGUGAUCAGUUUUGUGAAGAUCGCGUGGGCAGCCAUCACUGCAGCUGCGUGGACGGAUAUAUUUUGGAACAUCACAAGCACUGCAAAGCCAACGCUUCUACUGGGGUCCCAUCAAUUAUUUUUUCCAAUGGACGGGAUCUAAUGAUUGGUGAUCUAUUUGGAAGGAGCAUGCGGACAUUGGUUCACUCACAGAACCGUGGAGUUGCAGUGGGUGUAGAUUUUCACUUUCAACUGCGGAGAAUUUUUUGGACAGACACUGUACAAGACAAGGUUUUCUCUGUUGAUAUUGAUGGCUCAAAUGUCCGAGAAGUUCUAAAUAUUUCAGUUGAAACACCUGAAAAUGUAGCGGUUGAUUGGGUUAGCAAUAAGUUAUAUGUGGUUGAAACUAGUAUUAAUAGAAUUGAUAUGGUGGACUUAGAUGGGCAGAAUCGUAUUACCUUAAUAACCGAAAAUUUGGGCAACCCCAGAGGAAUAGCACUUGAUCCAACUGUUGGAUAUUUAUUCUUCUCUGACUGGGAUAGUGUUUCUAGAGAGCCCAAAUUGGAACGGGCUUUCAUGGAUGGUACAAAUCGCCAUGAUUUGAUUAAAACAAAACUGGGCUGGCCAUCUGGAAUUACUCUAGAUAUUGUAACUAAGAGGAUUUACUGGGUGGAUAGCCGUUAUGACUACAUUGAAACUGCCACUUAUGAUGGACUACAAAGGAGAACUAUAGUUCAUGGUGGAGACAUUGUUCCACAUGGAUAUGGAAUAAGCAUCUUUGAGCACUUUGUGUAUUUUACUGAUUGGACCAAAAUGGCAGUAAUGAAAGCCAAUAAAUUCACAGACCGGAACACACAAGUUGUUUUCAGUAGUGCGUCAAGGCCCUAUGGAGUCACUGUUUAUCAUUCCCUCAGACAACCAUACGUGAGGAAUCCAUGUGGCAGCAACAAUGGAGGCUGCGAACAGAUUUGUGUCCUCAGCCACAGAACAGAUAACGAUGGCCUUGGCUAUCGAUGCAGGUGCAAACUGGGUUUUGAUUUGCAUGAAGAUGGACGGCGAUGUGUUGUGGUACGGAAGUUUUUGCUCUUUUCUUCUCAAUUGGCUGUUCGUGGAAUUCCAUUUAACCUAUCCACACAGGAAGAUGUAAUUAUUCCAAUUACUGGAGUUCCCUCAUAUUUUGUUGGGAUAGAUUUUGAUGCACAGGAUAACAGUAUUUUUUAUUCGGACACAGUUAAAGACAUCAUUUAUAAACAGAAAACAGAUGGAACAGGUAAAGAAAUUCUCACAGCUAGUAGAGUAGAAGGUGUUGAAGACUUGGCUUUUGACUGGAUUUCAAGGAAUCUUUACUGGACUGACCCACGGUAUCGAAGUAUCAGUGUUAUGAGACUGGCGGAUAAAUCUAGAAGAGCUAUUAUCCAGAAUUUAAAUAACCCUCGCUCAAUUGUAGUGCAUCCAGUUAUUGGAUACUUAUUUUGGACUGACUGGUACCGGCCAGCAAAAAUUAUGAGAUCUUGGUGUGAUGGAUCACAUGCAAUGCCCAUAGUGAAUACCAGCCUUGGGUGGCCAAAUGGCUUGGCUAUGGAUUGGAGUUCAUUACGACUGUAUUGGGUGGAUGCUUUCUUUGAUAAGGUUGAACAUAGUACAUUUGAUGGUUUAGAUAGACAAACCCUCAAUCGAAUAACGCAGAUGACUCAUCCUUUUGGACUCACAAUCUUUGGAGGCUAUGCCUAUAUUACUGAUUGGAGACUUGGUGGUAUAGUUCGCGUCAGAAAAUAUGAUGGUGGUGAAAUGACAGUAAUUCGCAGAGGCAUUAAUAAUAUUAUGCAUGUAAAGUCCUAUGACGCCAGUACCCAGAUUGGGUCAAAUUAUUGUAACAGACCUACAAAUCCUAAUGGGGAUUGCAGCCAUUUCUGUUUCCCGGUACCCAAUUUUCAGAGAAUUUGUGGCUGUCCCUAUGGAAUGAAGUUGCUUCCUGAUAAUUUAAAAUGUGUUGAGGACCCUUUAAAUGAACCACCGACAGUGCAGUGCGGUUCAUAUUCCUUCCCCUGCGCCAAUGGCAAAUGUGUGCCACUGUAUUACCGAUGUGAUGGAGUUGAUGAUUGUCUGGACAACACUGAUGAACAGGGUUGUGGACUGUCAAAUACUACUUGCUCCUCUAGAGCAUUUACAUGUAGGAAUGGCCAAUGCAUUCCACAGAACUGGCGUUGUGACAAGCACAGUGACUGUCUUGACGGAAGUGAUGAGCAGAGUUGUCCUACUCAGGGUCCACGUUCUUGCCCUUCCAGCUCCUUUACUUGCCUUAAUAACCAAUGUAUUCCACGCAUAUGGCUGUGUGACACAGACAAUGACUGUGGUGAUGGAUCUGAUGAGCUCAACUGCAAUUUCACUGGUACUUGCGAACCAGGGCAGUUUCAAUGUCCAGAUCAUCGAUGUAUUGAUCCGUAUUAUAUUUGUGAUGGGGACAAGGAUUGUGUAGAUGGUUCAGAUGAAAAAGACUGCAUAUACAACUGUACAAGCUCAGAAUUUAAAUGUGCAAGUGGAAAUCAGUGCAUCAAUAGCUUUUACCAGUGUGAUGGUGUUUUCGAUUGCAACGAUCACUCUGAUGAAGUGAACUGUCCAACAAGACCAGCUGGGAUGUGCCAUCAAAAUGAAUUUCAAUGUCAGUCUGACGGGGCGUGUAUCCCUUCAAACUGGGAAUGUGAUGGUCACCCAGACUGUAUUGAUGGCUCAGAUGAACAUCACAGCUGCCCAGUCAGGUCAUGUUCUCCCUCUCAGUUUCGCUGUGACAAUGGAAACUGUAUCUUCCGAUCUUGGAUCUGUGAUGGAGACAAUGACUGUCGAGACAUGAGCGAUGAAAAAGACUGCCCAACUCAACCAUUCCGUUGUCCCAGCUGGCAGUGGCAAUGCCCGGGCCUCAGUGUUUGUAUAAACAUUAGUAAAGUAUGUGAUAACACACCAGACUGUCCUAAUGAAGCAGAUGAGUCUCCACUUUGCAAUCAAGAGAGCUGCUCAGAUAGUAAUGCAGGGUGCACUCAUUUGUGCAUUCAGGGACCAUUUGGCGCACAGUGCACUUGCCAACCAGGAUUCCAACUCUUAAAUGAUUCCAAAACCUGUGAGGAUAUUAAUGAAUGCUUAACUCCAGGAUUUUGCAGCCAGACUUGUGUCAAUGAAAGAGGAUCUUUCAGGUGUAACUGCGAAGAGGGAUAUAUUUUGGAACAAAAUAACAGAACAUGCAAAGCUUCAGAAUCAGGAAAUCUCUUGUUAUUGGUGGCAAGCCGUAACCAGAUUGUUGCAGACAAUAUAACAUCCCAAGCCCACAAUAUUUAUUCUUUGGUUCGAGAUGGGAGGAACAUAGUAGCCAUCGAUUUUGAUUCUGUUACCAAUCGUAUAUUUUGGUCUGACACAACACAAGAUAAAAUUUGGAGUGCCUAUAUAAAUGGAACAGACAGAAAACUAAUAUUUGACAGUGGCGUCACUGUAACAGAAAGCCUGGCUGUAGAUUGGGUAGGACGCAAUCUUUAUUGGACAGAUUAUAUUUUGGAAACAAUAGAGGUGUCUCAGCUUGACGGCACACACAGGACUGUGCUUAUUAGUGAGAAUGUGACAAACCCACGAGGACUUGUACUGGAUCCACGAACUGGGGAACAUGUAAUGUUUUGGACUGAUUGGGGAAAAAAUCCUAGGAUUGAGAGAGCCAGCAUGGAUGGCAAAUUGCGAACAGUCAUUAUUUCAGAAAAAAUAUAUUGGCCUAAUGGCCUUACUAUUGACUAUCCUAACAAGCUGCUCUACUUUGCUGAUGCUUACCUGGACUACAUUGACUUUUGUGAUUACAAUGGAGCCAAUAGAAGACAAGCUUUAGCCAGUGAUUUGGUACUACAACAUCCCCAUGCAAUUGCUCUGUUUGAGGAUUAUAUUUAUUGGAGUGAUCGAUACAUUAAUCGGGUCAUUCGAGCAAAUAAAUGGCAUGGUGGAAAUCAGACUGUGAUGAUCUAUAACAUUAAUCGGCCAAUGGGGAUUUCAGCUGUUCAUCCAGUUAAGCAGCCUGGAGGUUUGAAUCCGUGUGCACCCAAACCUUGUAGCCAUCUUUGUUUGUUAUCAUCUAGCGGACCAAGGUUUUAUUCGUGUGCAUGUCCUUCUGGGUGGAACUUGAAUGCUGAUUUGGUGAGCUGCGACAGAGAUAAUAAACCAUUUCUUAUAGCUUUAAGAGAUAAUAUUAUUUAUGGAUUACCCCUUGAUCCAAAUGAGAAGACCAAUGAUGCUAUGAUACCUAUAGCAGCAAUAAAAAAUGGAUAUGAUGUGGAUUUUGAUGAUUCAGAAGAAAUGAUUUAUUGGAUAGAAAAUCCAGGUGAAAUUCACAGAGUGAAAUCGGAUGGCACUAACAGAACAGUAUUUGCUCCAGCAGCUAUAAUGGGCACGCCUAUUGGUCUGGCUUUGGAUUGGAUUUCAAAAAACCUUUAUUACACAAACCCUGCAACACAAUCAAUUGAGGUAAUAAAACUGCGUGGAGAUGUGAAAUACAGAAAAACUUUAAUUACAAAUGAUGGAACGCCAACUGGAGCUGGGAGGCCAAUAGGCAUAACUGUUGAUCCAGCUAGAGGAAAAAUGUAUUGGACAGACCAGGGCACUGAAAGUGGAAUCCCUGCAAAAAUUGCCAGCGCUGAUAUGGAUGGUUCCAAACCAGCUGUCUUGUUUACCAAUAACCUUGACCACGUUGAAUUUAUUACUAUUGAUAUAGCAGACCAAAAACUCUAUUGGGCUGUAACUGGCAGUGGUGUGAUUGAAAGAGGAAAUUUGGAUGGUACAAACCGUGUUAUUGUUGUGAACCAUCUCUCCCACCCUUGGGGAAUAGCUGUCCACGAAGCUUUCCUUUAUUACACUGAUCGCGAUUAUGAAGUCAUUGAGAGGGUUGACAAGUCUACUGGAGCGAACAAAGUGGUGAUGAGAGACAACGUUCCAGGGCUGAAGUGCCUGCGUGUUCACUAUAGAGACACUUCUGCUGGUUCAUCCAACGCAUGCAGCAACAACGCCAUUAUCUGUCAGCAUCUGUGCUUGCCAAAACCUGGAGGACAGUUCUCUUGUGCUUGUGCCACAGGCUUUAUACUGAGUGCUGACAACAGGACCUGCUCACCUUAUGAUUCAUUUGUAAUUGUUUCGAUGCUGACAGCAAUAAAAGGCUUCAGUUUAGAGACUGCCGAUCAUUCGGAAGCGAUGUUACCAAUAGCUGGACGUGGUCGUAACGCUCUUCACGUUGAUGUUCAUAUGCCUUCUGGAUUUAUUUACUGGUGUGACUUCAGCAGCACAAUUGGAGCAUACAAUGGAAUCCGUCGUGUAAAACCUGAUGGCUCCUCUUCCAGAAAUAUUAUAACAGGGGGAAUAGGGCGUAAUGGAAUCCGUGGAAUAGCCAUUGAUUGGGUAGCAGGAAAUCUUUACUUUACAAAUGCAUUCUUGACUGAAACAUUCAUAGAAAUAUUGCGCCUGAAUACUUCGUACCGUCGUGUGCUAAUGAAAACUACCGUUGACAUGCCAAGGCAUAUAGUAGUAAAUCCAAAGAACAGAUAUAUUUUCUGGGCUGAUUAUGGGCAAAAUCCAAAGAUUGAAAGAGCUUUUCUUGAUUGCACCAAUAGAACAGUCCUUGUGUCUGAAGGUAUUGUGACACCACGUGGCUUAGCAGUAGACCACAACACUGGCUAUGUAUACUGGGUUGACGACUCCUUGGACAUGAUCGCUAGAGUUCGCCAAGAAGGUGGAGAAACUGAAAUUAUACGGUAUGGUAGUCGCUAUCCAACUCCAUUUGGAAUAACCAUUUUUGAGGACUCCAUUAUAUGGGUGGAUAGAAACUUAAAAAAAGUGUUCCAAGCAAGUAAAGAGCCAAAUAAUUCUGAAGCACCAUCUGUUAUCAGAGACAAUAUUAAUCUCCUUAGAGAUGUAACAGUAUACAACCGUCGUUUUCAACCAGUAACACCACAGGAAGUUAACAAUAAUCCAUGCUUGGUAAACAAUGGUGGAUGUGGACAUUUUUGUUUUGCUUUACCAGGCUCACAAGCAGCAAAAUGUGGAUGUGCUUAUGGAUCAAUAGGAAGUGAUGGAACUAGAUGUGUGAUUUCCACAGAAGAUUACUUGAUUUAUGCUCUUGAGAGCUCAAUUAAUAGUUUGCCCUUGGACCCUGAGAAUCACAGCCCACCCUUUCCCAGAGUAAAUGUUUUCAGAACAUCUGUGGCUUUAGAUUACGACAGUAUAGAUAACCGAGUUUACUACACACAGAGUGCUGGAGCUGGGCGUAGCCGAAUAAGUUACUUUUCACUUACCUCACCUAAUGGCCCACAUACAACAGUUGCAUCAGAUUUGGGAGCUCCAGAUGGCAUAGCAUUUGACUGGAUACACAAACGGGUUUAUUACAGUGACUAUCUAAAUCAGACUAUAAGCUCAAUGGCGGUAAAUGGAUCUGAUCGUACUGUGAUUGCACGUGUUCCACGCCCUCGAGCUAUCAUGCUAGAUCCAUGUAGAGGAUACAUGUAUUGGACGGAUUGGGGUACUAAUGCUAAAAUAGAAAGGGCAACACUUGGAGGGAACUUCCGUACAGUCAUUGUGAAUACUAGCUUGGUCUGGCCAAAUGGACUUACUCUUGACUAUGAAGAAGAUCGACUUUACUGGGCUGAUGCAAAUUUACAAAAGAUUGAACGUUGCUCUUUAACUGGAACAAACAGAGAAGUUGUUGUUAGCACUGCUAUAUAUCCAUUUGCAAUGACCUUAUACGAUCAACACAUUUAUUGGACAGAUUGGAAUACCAAAAGUAUUUACCGGGCAAACAAGCAUGAUGGUUCAGAUCAGAUUAUUAUGAUACAGAAUUUUCUACAACGCCCUAUGGAUAUCCAUGUUUUGUCCAAAAAUAAGCAGCAACAGUGCAGCAGCCCAUGUGAUCAGUUUAAUGGUGGAUGUAGCCAUAUCUGUGCACCAGGACCUAAUGGAGCAGAAUGCCAGUGCCCUGCAGCAGGUCGGUGGUAUUUAGCUAAUAACAACAAAGACUGUAUAGUAGACAAUGGUACAAGGUGUGAAAGUGGUCAGUUUACUUGUCUUAACGGACGCUGCAUUCCUGAAAGAUGGAAAUGUGACAACGACAAUGACUGUGGAGAUGGCAGUGAUGAAAUGGAACGUGUAUGUGCUUUUCAUACCUGCUCCCCGACAGCCUUCACUUGUGGCAAUGGGAGGUGUGUGCCUUAUCGCUACCGCUGUGAUCAUUACAAUGACUGCGGAGAUAACAGUGAUGAGUUGGGCUGUUUGUUCCGAACUUGUGACGCAAACACAGAAUUUACUUGCAAUAAUGGAAGGUGCAUCUCUCGCUCAUAUGUCUGUAAUGGAGUGAACAAUUGCUUUGACAAUGGAACAACUGAUGAGAGAAAUUGCCCUGAUAGGACGUGCCAGCCUGGAUAUACCAAAUGCCACAGCACUAACAUUUGCAUUCCUCGAACUUAUCUUUGUGAUGGGGAUAAUGACUGUGGAGAUAUGAGUGAUGAAAGUUCAACUCACUGUGCGUCACUGACAUGCACAGAAAGUGAAUUUCGGUGUUCCUCUGGUCGCUGUAUUCCAGGUCAUUGGUACUGUGACAGUAGUGGGGACUGCUCUGAUGGCUCAGAUGAACCAGCUUCUUGUGUUGUCCACGUGCGGACUUGUUCAAGUGACCAGUUCAGGUGUGAUGAUUCUCGUUGUAUUCCUGCAUCAUGGAUCUGUGACGGUGAUAACGACUGUGGAGAUAUGAGUGAUGAGGAUCAAAGACACAAUUGUGCCAACAGAUCAUGUGCAGCAACAGAGUUCACUUGCAUAAACAACAGACCUCCGGAGAGGAGGUGUAUACCUCGUGCUUGGGUCUGCGAUGGAGAUUCUGAUUGCUCUGACGCCUAUGAUGAACAUCAGAACUGUACGAGGAGAUCAUGCUCAAGCAAUGAAUACACAUGUGGCAAUGGGCUCUGUAUACGAAGUAACUUUAGGUGUGACAGGCGCAAUGACUGUGGAGAUAACAGUGAUGAGAGAGGCUGUACUUAUCAGCCUUGUCAGGCGCAGCAGUUCACCUGCCAGAAUGGUCGCUGUAUUACUAAGGCCUAUGUCUGCGAUGGAGACAAUGACUGUGGUGAUGAGUCAGAUGAGCUUGACCACCUGUGCAUUACACCCGAGGCAACUUGUGCGCCACAUUAUUUUAAGUGCGACAAUGGACAUUGUAUUGAAGCUGUCAAAGUCUGCAACAGGAUAGAUGAGUGCUCUGAUAAUAGUGAUGAGAAAGCCUGUGGUAUUAAUGAAUGCAAUGAUCCUUCAAUCAGUGGGUGUGAUCACAACUGUACAGACACACAGACAAGUUACUUCUGUUCUUGCCGACCAGGAUUCAAACUCAUGUCUGAUAAACGCACUUGUGACGAUAUAGAUGAAUGCACUGAUUCUCCAUCUGUCUGUAGCCAGGCUUGUGAGAACACUGCUGGUUCCUAUAUAUGCAAAUGUGCGCCGGGCUACAUUCGAGAGCCAGAUGGAAAAACCUGUCGGCAAAACAGCAAUAUCACCCCUUACCUCAUAUUCAGUAAUCGCUACUAUCUUAGAAAUCUCACUCUGGAUGGACAAUCUUACUCUCUGAUUUUGCAAGGUCUGAGCAAUGUGGUGGCUCUGGAUUUUGAUCGGGUAGAAAGAAGAUUGUAUUGGAUUGACACUGGAAGAAGGGUUAUUGAGAGAAUGUUUCUAAAUGGAACCAACAAAGAGACAAUUGUUAAUAGUGAUGUUCCUAGUGGUGAAGGUUUGGCAGUUGACUGGGUUGGCAGAAAAAUAUACUGGGUGGAUGAAAAUAAAGACUGUCUUACUGUUGCUGAACUUGAUGGAAGGUUUCGCAAAAAACUUGCUGACCACUGUGUAGAUGUUAAUAAUACCUACUGUUUUCAACAUCCCAGAGCUGUUGUGGUCCAUCCAAAUAAAGGGCAUGUGUAUUGGACGGAUUGGGGAGAUAAAGCAUAUAUAGGUAGAGUUGGAAUGGACGGAAAGAACAAAACAGUUAUCAUUUCCAGCAAGAUAGAAUGGCCUAAUGGACUGACAAUAGAUUACACCAACGACAAGCUCUACUGGGCUGAUGGCCAUCUGAACUACAUUGAAUAUUCAGACUUAGACGGAAGGCAUCGCCAUGCUGUAUUUGACGGUACUCUACCUCACCCUUUUGCAAUAACUAUUUUUGAGGAUACCAUUUACUGGACUGACUGGAACACAGGGACUGUUGAAAAAGGGAACAAGUACAAUGGUUCAGGAAGGACUAUGCUAGUAAAUACCACACACAGACCUUAUGAUAUUCAUGUGUACCAUCCUUACAGACAACCUAUUGUAAACAAUCCUUGUGGAAGAAAUAAUGGUGGCUGCUCUCAUCUGUGCCUCAUCAAGGAAGGGGGUCAAGGAUAUUCCUGUGAGUGUCCAGACAACUUCUUGGCUAUGCAGUUUGGAAGUGUUGUGCGCUGCCUCCCAACAUGCUCCAGUACUCAGUUUUUAUGUUCUGAUAGUGAAAGAUGUAUUCCUAUUUGGUGGAAGUGUGAUGGACAAAGAGAUUGUAGAGAUGGCUCAGAUGAACCUUCUACUUGUCCGCAUCGAUACUGCAGAGUUGGGCAAUUCCAGUGUAAUGAUGGAAACUGCACAAGUUCACAUUUCUUAUGUAACACACAUCCUGAUUGCCCAGAUCAGUCUGAUGAGGACUCAGUUCUUUGUGCCAACCAUCAGUGCGAAACACAUCAGUGGCAGUGUGCAAACAAGCGCUGUAUACCAGAGGCGUGGCAGUGUGAUGGAGACAAUGACUGUGGAGACAACUCUGAUGAGGAGAGCUCACACUGUUCCACUAGAACAUGUAAUCCUGGGCAAUUUAAAUGCAACAAUGGCCGCUGCAUUCCACAAAGCUGGAAAUGUGAUGUAGACGAUGACUGUGGAGAUCAUUCAGAUGAACCCAUCCAGGAAUGCAUGGGACCUGCCUAUCGCUGUGACAACCACACCGAAUUUGAUUGCAGGACAAAUUAUCGCUGUGUUCCUCUCUGGGCAGUGUGCAAUGGCUAUGAUGAUUGCAGAGAUAACUCUGAUGAACAAGGCUGUGAGCAAAGAACUUGUGAUCCAUUGGGAGAUUUUCGCUGUGAGAAUCAUCGCUGUAUUCCUCUGCGAUGGAAAUGUGAUGGAGAUGAGGAUUGUGGAGACGAAUCAGAUGAACGCAAUUGCAGUCCUCGUGAGUGCACAGAAAGUGAAUAUCGAUGUGACAAUCUUCGGUGUAUCCCAAGCCGCUGGCUCUGUGAUCAUGACAAUGACUGUGAAGACAAUUCAGACGAAAGAGACUGUGAUAUGAGGACUUGCCACCCAGGGUAUUUCCAGUGUAACAGUGGUCACUGUGUUGCUGAACGAUUUCGGUGUGAUGGAACUGCAGAUUGUCUUGAUUUUUCAGAUGAGAUAAGUUGUCCAACACGUUAUCCAAAUGGAACCUAUUGUCCACUUUCAAUGUUUGAAUGCAAGAAUCACAUCUGCAUCCAACCUUUUUGGAAAUGUGAUGGCGACAAUGAUUGUGGAGAUGGGUCUGAUGAAGAGCUUCAUCUUUGUUUGGAUAUUCCCUGUGAGCCUCCAUUCCGCUUCCGGUGUGGAAACAAUCGAUGCAUCUAUCGCCAUGAGCUGUGCAACCACUUAGAUGACUGUGGAGAUGGAAGUGAUGAGACAGAAGAGCAAUGUAGAACACCAACUCCCAGACCUUGUGCAGAAGAUGAGUACAAGUGUGGCAAUGGGCACUGCAUCCCUCUUCAUUAUGCCUGUGAUAACUAUGAUGAUUGUGGGGAUCAUUCUGAUGAAGCAGGGUGCAACAGGGGCUCAGAGAGACAUUGUGGGGAAAACAUCUGUGAACACAACUGCACUAAUUUAGCUGAAGGUGGAUUCAUAUGUUCGUGCCGGCCUGGAUAUAAAGCUAGUGAAACUGAUAGAAAUUCAUGUGAGGAUAUCAAUGAAUGUGAGGUAUUUAAAACUUGUCCACAAGACUGUAAAAAUUCCAAGGGAAGCUAUGAAUGUUUCUGUGCUGAAGGGUUUAGGUCAGUUGGGGAUCAACAUGGAAAACAAUGUGCCGCUGAAGGUAAUCCUCCUUUACUGCUGUUACCUGACAAUGUUCGUAUAAGAAGAUACAAUCUGUCUUCUGAACAGUACUCAGACUAUAUUGAAAAUCAGCAACACAUCCAGGCUUUAGACUAUGAUUGGGACCCCGAAGGAAUAGGCCUUAGUAUGGUUUACUACAGCAUCCGAGGCCAAGGCUCAGACUUUGGUUCCAUUAAACGUGCUUAUAUACCAACAUUUGAGGAUUAUGGGAAUAAUCUGGUGAAGGAUGUUGAUCUGAAUUUGAGAUUUGUUGUUAAUCCUGAUGGUAUUGCUGUGGACUGGGUUGCAAGACACAUUUAUUGGACUGAUGCUGGCACCAAUCGAAUAGAAGUUGCCAAAUUGGAUGGAAGAUACAGAAAAUGGCUUAUUUACACUCAUAUUGACCAACCGGCAGCAAUCGCUCUCAUUCCAAGUCUUGGAUUAAUGUAUUGGACAGACUGGGGAAGGCAGCCUAAGAUUGAGUACUCUUGGAUGGAUGGGCAGCAAAGACGAGUGCUGGUAUCAGAAGACUUAGGAUGGCCAACUGGCCUUACUAUUGACUACAUUAACAAUAAUCGAAUAUAUUGGAGUGAUUCUAAAGAAAAUAUUAUCGAAUCUAUCAAGCCUGAUGGGUCUGACAGACAAAUAGUUAUAUCUGGAGACAUAGGUAACCCAUACAGUGUAGAUGUGUUUGAAGGUCAUUUGUAUUGGACAACAAAAGAAAAAGGGGAGAUUUGGAAGAAAGAUAAAUUUGGCACUGGUCCAAAAGUGAAGGUUCUUACAAUAAACCCUUGGCUCACCCAAGUGCGAAUAUACCAUGGACAUCGAUAUAAUAAUACAGUUCCCAAUCGUUGUAAAGAUGUCUGCAGCCAUUUGUGCCUGCUGAGACCAGGGGGAUAUUCAUGCGCCUGCCCUCAGGGCACUCGUUUCUUGGAAGGCAGCAGCACUAACUGUGAUGCAGCUAUUGAAAACCCCCAAACAAUGCCACCAGCAUGCAGGUGUAUGCAUGGAGGAACAUGCUAUUUUGAUGAAAGUGACCUUCCAAAGUGCAAGUGCACAUCAAGUUAUACUGGGAGCUACUGUGAAAUAGGCUUUUCAAAAGGCGUACCUCCUGGGACAACAGCUGUGGCUGUCCUUUUAGCUGUGGUUCUGAUAAUAAUAAUUUGUGCUCUGGUUGCUGGAGGCUUCUUUAACUACAGACGAACAGGAAAACUUUUACCAUCACUUCCAAAAUUUCCAAGUUUAAGCGGCUUAGUGAAGUCAACUGAAAAUGGCAAUGGCGUAACCUUCCGGUCAGGCACUGAUGUCAGUAUGGAUAUUGGUGUGGCUGGAUUUGGAGCAGAAUCUGCCAUAGACAGAGUAAUGCAGAUGAGUGAAACUUUUACUAUAGAUGCAGGAAAAGAACCAACUACCUAUGAAAAUCCAGUGUAUGUAGACACCAAGGAACCUGGCGCCACUGUUGUGACUAUUAGCAAACCUCCAGAAGAAACUGAAUCAAAAAGUGGACAAGAAGCAGGUAGUUACGAAAACCCAUUGUAUGCAAGUGAUACACCUCAGUCGCUAGAAAGUGUGGAAGCAUCCCAGGAAUCAAAGUGGAAUUUUUUCAAAAGAAAAAUUAAACAAAGCACAAACUUUGAAAAUCCCAUAUAUGCAGAGAUGGAAAAGGAGCAACAGAAUGAGCCUGAAGAAGAUCCGUCACCAUUCUCUCCACCACCACUAGCAAAACCGGCACACAAAAAGGAGUCCCUGUCUGUUGCAUUUACACCAACAGAAGAUACAUUCAUAGACACUGCCAAUCUUGUAAAAGAAGAUUCCGAUGUAUAACUCAUUUUUUCUUUAGGACAUACAUCAAUGCACAUAUUUUUAUAUCCGUCAAAGAGAUAAUAAUGCCAGUCCUUUCUUUAUAAAAUAUACAUUUUUUAGAUUGUAGGGAAAAAAGUUUAUUGAAGCUUUGCCUUGUUUUUUGUGAUA